GUUGCACAUGCAAGUUGUCUGAAGCAAAGGCAAGUUUGCAGAAACUUUUCACCCCUCCCUGCUGAGCAACUAUGCCAUCUCCUACUUGGCCACAGUUAAGCAGACAAAAUUCAGCAAACUACGCCUAAGGAACCAAAAUGGGAAUUCACAAAUGGAUAAUAUGCUUUUUCUUAUUUGCACUUAUUACUCACUCCGUAGACCUAACAGUGUUCCUGAAAACAGAAGAUGCAAAUCAAGUCCUGACAAGAUCCAAGCGUGCUGCUUUUAUGUUGUUGGAGGAAAUUCUCCAAGGGGAUUUAGAAAGAGAAUGCCUUGAGGAAAGGUGUACAUAUGAAGAAGCAAGAGAGGCUUUUGAAAACACAGAAGAAACUGAUGAAUUUUGGAGUGUCUAUUUUGGUGGUAUCAGGUGUUCUUCCAACCCUUGCCUUCACAAUGGUGUAUGCAGGGACACCAUUCGCAGCUACACAUGUAGCUGUACAGAUGACUUUGAAGGAGUAAACUGUGCAUUUGCUAAAAAUGAGUGCCGCCAUGAAAUCCACAAAGGGUGUCAGCAUUUCUGCUAUCCAGAAUUCAACUUUUACCGCUGUUCAUGUGCCCAAGGCUAUGAAUUGGGGGAAGAUAGUAAAUCAUGCAUUCCACAAGAUGAAUGUGCCUGCGGAAAAUUACAAGAUCCUCUUUCAUGUCCACCCAAUGCAGCUGAAAAGCUUGACAGAGAAUUCCCCUGGCAGGUCUUGCUGUUAAAUUCAGAAGGAAAGUGGAUCUGUGGAGGUGUUCUCCUGAAAACUAACUUUGUAUUGACUACAGCUGAAUGUGCAAUGUUGUCUCCUGUUAGUGCUGUGGUUGGAAUCAAGAAGUUGCAAGAAUUGAAUCAAGUAAUACCAGUGAAAGAGUCAAAUAUACACUUCCGCUAUGACAACACCACUGGCGAGAAUAACCUGGCAUUGCUUGAGCUUAGCAGCCAAAUUGAUUGUGACAGUAACCAUUUACCCAUAUGCAUUCCAGAAAGGGAUUUUGCAGAGCACGUGUUGAUUUCAGAAAUGGAAGGAACUCUUAGUGGAUGGAAUGCAAACAGAAGUCAUCUGACACCCAGCCUGGUAGAGAAACCUAUUUCCUACCUCAGUGAGAAUGAUUGCAAGCAAAUUCUCAACAGAAAUCUGAUAACAAGGGAAUUCUGUGGUUACAAUCAAGUGCAAGCAAAAGAGAUGCUUCUGGGAGGAAGUUUUAUAGCUGUUCCCUAUAAAGGCACAUGGUUUCUCACCGGAGUUUUAGAACCAUGGGCAACAGAAAUAAUUAAUUUGAAAACAUUUAUAUUUACCAAGACCUCAAGAUACAUGAUGUGGUUUAAACGAAUAAUGGGAUAAUGAAAUAUAAAAAUAAAAAAAUAUAUAGAAAAUGAGUAUUCAGCGUAUUACAUAUUCAGGUUUGAACCACUACUGUAAAUAUUAGGUAUGACUAUCUAUGAAAAUAAAACUUUUUGCUUUUCACAAACAAAGCAAUGAUUCACUUCAUUUGCCUCUGUGGAAAGAUUUCAUAGAACAUCCAGAGAUAGAAUCAGUAUUUGUUACCCAAUAAAUCCCAGUACCAAU